AUGAAUAGAAAGAAAGAGAAGAAAGAAAAGAGAGAGGAAAGGAAAAAAGGAAUGGAAAAGGAAGAAGAAAAGAUAGAGAAAAUGAUAAAGGUAGUCAAAGGGAUAAUCAAAGAGCAAAUCAGAGAAAUGAAGAGAGGUGGAGAAGAAAUCAGUGGAAGGAUUACAAGAAAACGAGGAGAAGAAAGACGAGAAAUCAUCAGUUUAGAAGGGGAGACAUCUUCAUAUGAAGAAGAGAUUGAAAUUGGGGAAAUAAUCAAGAGAGUGUUUGAAGUAAGGAAAUUAGAAGAAGAAUAUUUUGGAUUAGAGAAACGAUAUGAAGCACAAACUGAUGAAUAA